AUCAUUCUGUUAUCAAACUUUGCACUGUUCUUCAACUAAAUGUGUUUUUGUAACAUUUUCGGUGGAAAUUGUUAAAACUCUUCCUUGUGUAUAGAAUGUUUUGGUUUGUUUAACAAUCAUUGGUUUUUGUUUGGCAUACAUUUUAACCCAAUGAGUCCCAUCGUCGCGUUUUGGAGUUCUAACCCCCUUUAAACAUCAUGUGUUUGACCUAAAGACCAUCAGGCAACAUUUUAUGUACAGUGUGUGCAAAUGUAGAAGAGUAGGGAUGUAAGGCCAUAGAUGGCCAUAGAUGCAAAAAAUAAUUACAAUUUAGCAUUAACAUUGGAGUGAUAGAUGUGCAGAUGAUGAUGUGCAAGUAGAGAUACUGGGGUGCAAAAGAGCAAGAAGGUAAGUAAUAAUAUGGGGAUGAGGUAGUUGGGUGUGCUAUUUACAGAUUGGCUGUGUACAGGAUCAGUAAGCUGCUCUGACAGCUGAUGCUUAAAGUUAGAGGGAGAUAUAAGACUCCAGCUUCAGAGAUUUUUGCAAUUCGUUCCAGUCAUUAGCAGCAGAGAACUGUAAGGAAAGGAGGCCAAAGGAAGUGUUGGCUUUGGGGAUGACCAGUGAGAUAUACCUGCUGGAGCGCGUGCUACGGGUGGGUGUUGCUAUGGUGACCAGUGAGCUGAGAUAAGGCGGGGCUUUACCUAGCAAAGUCUUAUAGAUGACCUGGAGCCAGUGGGUUUUGCUACGAAUAUGAAGUGAGGGCCAGCCUACGAGAGCAUACAGUUCGCAGUGGUGGGCAGUAUAUGGGGCUUUGGUGAUAAAACGGAUGGCACUGUGAUAGACUACAUCCAGUUUGCUCAGUAGAGUGUUGGAGGCUAUUUUGUAAAUGACAUCGCCGAAGUCAAGGAUCUGUUGGAUAGUCAGUUUUACGAGGGUAUGUUUGGCAGUAUGAGUGAAGGAGGUUUUGUUGUGAAGUAGGAAGCCGAUUCUAGAUUUAAUUUUGGAUUGGAGAUGCAUAAUGUGAGUCUGGAAGGAGAGGUUACAGUCUAACCAGACACCUAGGUAUUUGUAGUUGUCCACAUAUUCUAGGUCAGAACCGUCCAGAGUAGUGAUGCUAGUCGAGCGGGAGGAUGCGGGCAGCAAUCGGUUGAAGACCUUGUACUUAGUUUUACUAGCAUUAGAAAGCAGUUGGAGGCCAUGGAAGGAGUGUUGUAUGACGUUUAAGCUCGUUUGGAGGUUUGUUAACACAGUGUCCAAAGAAGGGCCAGAAGUAUACAGAAUGGUGUCGUCUGCGUAGAGGUGGAUCAGAGUAUCACCUGCAGCAAGAGCGACAUCAUUGCUAUAAACAGAGAAAAGAGUCUGCCCGAGAAUUGAGCCCUGUGUUACCCCCAUAGAGACUGCCAGAGGUCCGGACAACAGGCCCUCUGAUUUGACACACUGAACUCUAUCUGAGAAGUAGUUGGUGAACCAGGCGAGGCAGUCAUUUGAGAAGCCAAGGCUAUUGAGUCUGCCGAUAAGAAUGGGAGUCCUAUAGGGCGGCGCACAAUUGACCCAGCGUUGUCCAGGUUUGGCCGGGGUAAGCCGUCAUUGUAAAUAAGAAUUUGUUCUCAACUGACUUGCCUUGUUAAAUAAAUAAAAAAAUGAGUGUGUGAUUAACAGGGGCUGAGCUAGAGUGGUGUUUGUGAGACAAGGGCGGAUCCCGAAGGGGCCCGGGGCCGGGUCUUUUUAUAAAAACGUCUUUAGAUCUUUUACCAAAAACAUCCGAAUGGUUUGUGCUACAAACUACUAUAAGCAAUCUAUGGAAAGCUGAGACCCUCACGGACACUUACAUGUAACACGUUUUGCUCUAUGACGCUCACAAGCUACACAAGAGUCGCUAGAAGAUAAGGGGUUCUUAUAGAUAUAACAUCAUAGGAAAUCGCAGGACAUAGUAUCUGUUAUGCUUUAAUAAGCUCACAUAGUUGCGGUCACAAACUCCACACAGUUGUCACUGACUAGCUGAAUAUUCAUUUCGCAGUGAGCAAACAAUUUCUGUACUUACAGAAUUCAUAUAAAUUCAUUUUUACCAGGUUUUUGCUUUUUUUUAAAUUGACAUUUGUCAAUAAAACUCAUGAACUGUUUGUCAAAUUGUUUUGUGUUUUACUUGUAGCCAUGGUUGUCCUGGAAAUUAAAUGGUAGGUCUAAAACACUUUAAUUGGCUUAAAAUAAGGGCUGAACAUGCAGAUAAUUGACAGUCAGAUAAAUGAAAAGCAGAUCUUUGCUGGGGUCUUGGGACUGAUAGGUUUCAAGUGAAAAAUGUGAGUCUCAGCAUCAUUCUGUUACCCGUGGAAUUGCCCGUAUUCAUAAUAUGCAUGUACAUGUCUGUCCAUCUUGGUCCAUUUCAAAAUCCUCUUAACAAAGCUUCUGUCUGGAUCAGUCAUGGUUCAUGUAUCAUUAGGACAAAGGUAUGGAUGUCUUUUUGGGGAAAUUCUGCAUCUCCACUGUACACAGAACACAGAAAUCUGACAUCUCUGCUCUCUCCUCCUCUUCUUCUUGCUCCCUUUGUCCCUUGCUCUCUCCUUUGCUUAGGCAACCGCAGAAAUUAAAUUGAUUAGUGGUGCGGUCUAUAAAUAGACAGGCCAUAGUUGCCAUGGCAACCAUGUGAUAAGUGUUGUGUGAUGAAGAACUGGGCAUCCUAAGUGUUGUUGUAGUGUAGUGGGCGCAGGAUGAUGGGUGUGGGUGUCGGUGUGUAGGUUCGUUUGUCUGGAUUAUAUGAUCUAACACUACAGGUGUGUGUAUGAUAUCAUAUCACAGUGUAAUGUUGAACUGUGUGUGUUUUGCAUUUGCUUUGUGCUAGAUUCAUUGUGUGAGUAAAUGGAUUCAUCCAAUUGAAUAGAUUCUGAUUUUUUAUUAAAUUUUUCUGACUUUUUUGUCAAGGUGACCAGCUACCCCUUGGUUUCCAUGGACACUGUUUCCUAAUCAGUCUCAUGUCAGGAACCCUCUGUACCCUGGGGUUGAUCGUGUGAUGAAACCCUAUUGGUUGUAGACAACAACCCCUGAUGCCAUCACCGCCAUGUCCUCAAAUAUUUUUCCCUUUCUUUUCAGUCAAUACAGUUUUCAUCAGGCUACAGUUAUGAGAUAAACUUAAGGCCCUGUUAAUUAUUUGUGUCCUGUCCUAAUUUCUCUCCUCCCCCAUAAACACUGAUCUUGAAUGGAAUUAGAUAUGAUUGUGUUUGAUUCCCUCCUAAUGACCACAGUGACCCAGCAUGAACCACCCGUGUUCUUUAUGAACGGAUCAUUACAUGUUAUUAUAGUAAUAAUGGUGAUUUAUAAUGAUGAUAGGAUUUUUAGAUUAGCCUGAUAAUCAUUUCUAGCGAUUCAGUCUGACAAUACAUAUUCAUUUAAAUUAAAUACAACUUUAUUUAUCCCCUCGGGGGCAAUUAUGAAAGGCAAAUCAGUUACAAGUAUCACAACACAUAUAAAAAUCGCUAGUUUUAAUAUUACACAAACCAAAAAAUAAGUAAACAAUAUCACCUUAGCAGAGGACAGAAAAAUUUAUAUUUUUAAAGCUAAUUUCCAGCUAUUCUACAAAUUUUGCCAUAGAGCUGAGAUCCUUAUUUUGCAGUUAAUAGCUAAUGUCCUGCAAUUCAAUUCAAUUAUUUUUUAAUGGCUAAUGCUGUGUUCUUAUGCUCAAAUAUUAUAGCAAAAUGAAUGGGGGCCUGAUAGUGUAGCAUUUAUUUUGUUGUAUGUUCUCAAAGAUUAUAGGCUAUUCUAUAGGUCCAUUACCUUUUCUACAUACUUUCUAUUUGGUUUUAGUCAGUUAAGUUGACACUGAAAGUGUUUUUCCAUCCCGAAAAUGUAUUUCUAAAUAUGUGCAAUGCACACAUUUUUUUAUCACGCAACCCACCUGGACCCCUGCCGGACCCACAGUUUGGGAACCACUGCUGUAGGGUAUGUUGGAACAAACGUUAAAACCAGAUUUCUUGGUGUUGGUGUUUUUUCAGAACUUAGCUCAGGGUUUUCCCACAUUAAGUCAGAACUCAUGGGUGGUUCAUGGCUGAUUCCUUUCCUCCAUUCAGUUGCACCUUGCUACCAAUGUGUUGUCAAAUGUGGGGUGAUCAUCAGUACUUCAUUAUUUUGCAUACAACCUGUGCUCUCUCAUUGACAGGUUAGGCUGAGGUUGGUGGGUUUCUAACGCUGCUUCUGCGCUGACUUCUGCUAGUACCAAGCAAAAAUAAGGUUAAAGAAGUAAAUCACAUCUCUGUUUGUAAUCUACUCCUCAUUCACAUACUUGGUCCCUACAUAAAUCAAAGCCCUUGGGACUAUAUUGUUAACAGUACGACAUAAGCCCUUAUUCGUCACUUCCCUUCCCCCCUCGGGGUCUUGCAAACACAACUAUGCAGCAUAUGUUUACGAUAAAAAAAGUUGUAUUUUCUCCCCAGUGUUUUUUGAGGGAUGGAUGGAGGGAAGUGGAGUCAGGACAGGGAGAGCGGAGGGAGGGGAGUGUUUAUACGGGUGCUUUGUUGGCAUCGCACAACUGUAGGAAAAUGGAGGAGGGGUGGGGGUUGAGGAACGGGAACAAAGGAGCCUUAUGUUGGCAUGGUCUCUGAAAUCCCAGUGUGUGUGCGCGUGUGUGUGUGGGUUCGCCCGUGUCUUCUUGCAGGGCUGGGUAUGGCUGAAGAAUACUGUACAUACAUUAUCUGUUACUGUGUCAAAGUCUUCUAUCGUAUAGCUCUCUUUUACAGCAUAUAGGCUACAGUGACUAUAAUAUAUACUGUAUCAUAGCAGUCUUUGUCCAUAAUCCCUGUCUUAUUUUAAUGCCAAUAUGAUCAUAGUAAAAAAGAGAAAGGACAGUAAGACAGAUUUGUGAAUAUCACUGCAUCUUUUAAUCGAGGGUGCUGAUCCCAGUAGAAUGUAUUUUGUCAAACCUCUACAUCACUUCAACAGUAGCUUCACUUUUCAGGAUAAUGAUUAUGUAGCUUUGGGGAAUGUUAGUGUGUAUGUCUGACUGUCUGUCUGUGUGCUUUUUAAAUAUGUGUGUGUGUCUUUGCUUAUGCUGAUCACCCCCUCUCGUUUACCAUCCUUCCAUCUUAGCACCCCCUUUUUCUUCCUCCUCUCUUCCUCUCGCGGUAUGGAGGCGUCUGACUUGUGUUGUUUGGCAGCGGGCCCAGAGUGUGGUGUGUGUGUGCAUGUGUGUGCGCAUGUGUGUCGAUGCGUGUUGGGGUUGGGCGCUGUAGGAGGAGACUGGUGAGAGAGGGAAAGAGAGAUGGUGGUUUGUUGCAGCUGAGGGAAACAGUCAUCACAUUAUAUAAGGAGCAAUAGGGAUAGAGAAGGGGGGGCAAGAGGUGCUGGGUAAAGAUGGUCAUAUGUACACUCACAGACACAAAAACACACACCACAAGACAAUUCUGAUUGGCUUGUUAGCCACGUUUGGUUUUACUUGCACUUUCUCACUUUUCUACCUGCUCCUCAUCUCUCUUGCUCUGCUCUCUCUGUCUCUCUCUCCACAGUUUUCUACGUGGGUUACCACUUCCUUUUUCCUUUUGUAAAGGAAGUGGUAACUUCCAUGUCUCAUGAUGACUCUCUGGACCUGGAGAGAGAGAGUAGUAAACAUACAAUACAUUUUUUUAAAGAUUGCUACAUUGAAAAACCAUACUAUGUGUGUGUCCUUAUAAAUGGGCGUGUUAGUGUGUGUGUGUGUGUGUGUGUUAGUGUGUGUGUACACAAGAGUGCUACCAUUUCUACAUAGCAAGGCAUUAUGCUCUAAUUAUAACCAGUCCACCAUCUAGUCCCUUGACAACCCCUCCCCCCACUCUUCCUGACCAAUCCUCAUCACUCUCUGAUUUCUUCAAGAGUAUUAUUGGUCUAAGUUGCAGGGCAAACUAACUCCCUGUGCACAACCUACAUUGCCUGCCUGUGCAUCCUCAACCAACCUUCCUAUGACUCAAGUGUGUCAAAUACAAUCGGAUUUGCGCGCACACACACACACGGUUAACCAUUUCAGGGCCUGAUAGAGGAAACAACAUAUUAAUUAAAUUACUGUCUUUAUGCGCAUGUGUGUGCAUGUUUAAGUCAUCAUAUGUGCCCAUGCAUGUAAUAGUACACACACACACACACACACACACACACACACACACACACACACACACACACACACACACACACACACACACACACACACACAGUAUACAUCCAUAUAGAUACAUAGAGCACUCAAGCAUGUUCUGUCUUGGGUACAUAUCAUAUUACAUACCCCUUUAACUCAGACUGGAGAAGGAGGUCAGGAAGGAAAAAGUGUGGGUGUGUGCCUUUUUCUGUAUCUGCAGCCAUGUUAAAGGGCAGCAAGCAUUUCUCCCAUUGUUUUCUGUUGGCUUUGAUGGAAAUAUGAACUUUUAGGAUAGAAGUAUGAAUAAUGAUUAUUGGAGUUGUAACAAGGUUGUUACACAUGCUUAUUUGACUCUUAAUUCAAUAGAAUAGCUGUGUGUGCUGUACUGUGUUAGCUUGCUGCUUGUCUAUGGUUAUGGGACAGGGCUAAUGACAGCUAACUGUUAGCGCUGUCUGAGGUGGCAAAACAAACAAUAUGGUGGGAGAGCAGCAGACCUGUCAGCUGUCCUUCACUGUGGUUGCUGCAACAUUUUUCCAUUGAAAAUGAGCAACUUAUUAUAAACUGGGGAAUUUUGAUCAGUCGAAAGGGUCCCACAGGGAUGCUGGCCUAUGUUGACCCCAAUGCUUCCCACAGUUGUGUCAAGUUGCCUGGAUGUCCUUUGGGUGGUGGACCAUUCUUGAUGCACACAGGAACUGUUGAGCAUGAAAACCCCAGCUGCGUUGCAGUUCUUGACACACUCAAACCAGGGCUACUGGCACCUACUACCAUACCCCAUUCAAAGGUACUUAAAUGUUUUGUAUUGCCCAUUCACCCUCUGAAUGGCAAACACAUACACAAUCCAUGUCUCAAGACUUAAAAAUCCUUCUUUAACCUGUUUCUUUCCCUUCAUCUACACUGAUUGAAGUGGAUUUAACAGGUGCCAUCAAUAAGGGAUCCUAGCUUUCACCUUGAUUCACCUGGUCAGUCUGUCAUUGAAAGAGCAGUCCAGUAUGGAGCGACUGAAUGAGGAGGCGGUGCGACUAAGCCUGCUGAAGCGAGGCCUGGACUCCUCCUCGCCUGCAGGCGGCGCCACGAGCAGUGAGCGAGACGAGCUGCUCUCCAAACGCAUCAAGAUGGAGGGCCACCAAGCCAUGGAGCGCCUCAAGAUGCUGGCCUAUCUGAAACGCAAGGACCUGGCCAGCCUGGAGGGGGGAGGGUUGGGAGGGGUCUCAGGAGGCGGGGCCCUAGGGGGUGAGGUCAAGGGUCAUGGGUCUUCAGGGGGAGGGGCUUAUGAGGAGAAGACCAAUGGGAGCCUCCGUGGUCAAGUUGUGGGAGCCCAUGGCAUGGUGGGAAAGAGCGGGAAGGAGAACAUGGGCGAGGAGCCGGUGGAUUUCAGCGCCCGGAGAGGUGACGUUGACCGGGAGCGACACACACCCUCCCCUGAUGUGAUCGUCCUGUCAGACAAUGAGGCGUCCAGUCCAAGAGGGCCCAGCCAAGGAGAAGAACGCCUGAGGGUAGCGAACCUGGAGAUGUUUAAGGGUAAGACAGGGGAGGAGAGGCAGAAGAUGAUCAGGGCUCUGAGAGAGGAGCUGAGGCUGGAGGAGGCCAGGCUGGUGCUGCUGAAGAAGCUGAGGCAGAGCCAGAUGCAGAAGGAGAACCUGGUGCAGAAGGUCCCUGUGGUCCAGAACACAGCGUCUGCCCUCCAGAGCGGUGUCGUCCACGGGGCUCAGAGCAUGAGCAAGAUGUCUGGCCGCCCUGGCCACCACACCCCAGAGCCCCAGAACCAUCGCACUGCACAGGUGGGCUACAGCAUUGCACAGGGUCACUCGGUGAUCAGGUCAGCCACCAACAGCUCCAUGUCUCAGAUGAUGAUGUCACAGAGCAGGGUGAUAGCGCCCAACCCUGCCCAGCUGCAGGGCCAGAGGCUGGCACAGCAGAAGCAGGGUGGCAUGCGCUCCUCGACUGGCAGCUCUAACAACGCCGUUAGUUACCAGCAGUCUUCCACCCAGCAGGUGGCAGCUUCUCAGCGCUCUGGCUCCUCCUCCUCCUCGGCCAUCUACAUGAACCUGACCCACAUGCAGGCGGCCGGAGCCGCGGGAGGGGUCAGCGGGGUGUCGGGGGUGGGGGCGGUCAGCCCCUCAGCCACACACAGCCCAGGGGGAACAUCGGUGGGCUCCUCCAUGGCAGACACAGCCAGCAGCCAGGCGGCCGCCAAGCUGGCCCUGAGGAAGCAGUUGGAGAAAACCCUGCUGGAGAUCCCGCCUCCAAAGCCGCCGGCGCCGCUCCUCCACUUCCUGCCGUCAGCGGCCAACAGCGAGUUUAUCUACAUGGUGGGCCUGGAGGAGGUUGUGCAGAGUGUCAUUGACAGUCAGGGUAAACUGCGUUUGUCCUCUUCCAUGGAGCCCUUCUCGUGUGCCCAGUGCAAGACGGACUUCACCCCUCACUGGAAGCAGGAGAAGGGUGGGCGCAUACUCUGCGAGACCUGUAUGUCAUCCAAUCAGAAGAAGGCACUGAAGGCCGAGCAUACCAAUAGGCUGAAGAACGCCUUCGUUAAGGCUCUACAGCAGGAGCAGGAGAUUGAGCAGAGAAUCCAGUUGCAAGCCGCUCUUGCCACCAGUUCAGCUCAAACUGUUCCAAGCGUCAGUAAGGCUGAGUCUAUGAGCAGACAUCACACACACAGACAGGCGCCUCAGCCCCAGGUGACACAGUCACAGGCCUCCCUCCAACGGGGUCUGUCUGGCUCGGCCCGGGGUGUCCUGUCCAACUUCGCCCAGGCCUCCCAGCUCUCGGUGGCCAGCAGCCUGCUGGGCAUGACUGGAAAGCGCAGUGGACAGCUGAGCACUAGUGGGCACAGCCGGGCACAGCAGCAACAGCAGCAACAGCAGCAGCAGCAACAUCAGCAGCAACAGCAGCAUCACGACAACCGCCGCCAGCUCUACAGCAUCCCUGGAGUGAACAUUGCCUACCUGAACCCAGGCAAUGUGGUCGGCCACAAGGGGUCCAGCCUGGCUGACCGCCAGAGGGAAUACCUGCUGGACAUGAUCCCGCCUCGCUCCAUAUCCCAGUCCAUCAGCGGACAGAAAUGAACCUCACCUCGCCCCGACGCAAUACCACAACCCUUCCCCACACCACACCCCAACCCCCAUCGCAUGCAGUGCCUGUUAGUGUGCCUACCAAACUAACCUGUAUGAAGAACACAAUCAACGAGUCAAAAGAGGCCACCAAACUCUGAAAUGACUUUUCAUUUGAACGUGAUGCAAACCCCUUUUAAAUCCUCUUGUUAUUACUAUCGUCAUUAGUGCUAUGGAUGUUGUUACUACAUUACCGCUACCAGUUAUGAGCGUGCCCAUCUUUGUGGAGAACCCCUGUCUUUAUAUGCUUGUGGCAGUGUCCCGAGUGUGGGGUGUCUUUUGUUUUGGAUUUAUGCGCUUGUUUUUGAAGCAAUAUUUUGUCUCGCUUGAGCUUUCCUUACUGGACUCUAGUCUUUGUUAUGUCUGAAAUUACCAAGCUAUCUUUUUGAGAACUGCACCACUCUCCAAUCCCUGCUCUUUCUCUGAUUUCAACCAUCACUCUGUUUUUCCACAUUUGGUUGUGAAUUGUUGGAGGAGAAAUUCUACCAGCCCGGCCAAACCUUUGUUUUAAAAAGGUGAUUGUGAUGGUUUAACUUUGACCUGAAUCUCUCAAGCCUUUGAGCUUGAGCUUUCUUCAAAUAUUUGUGGGGAGAAAAGAGGAUGUUUGAGACCCUGUAGUUGUCUGAAGCAAUGCUCCUCUAACUGAUUGUUGAAACAAGGAUGGAUACAUAUCCCACAAAGAGAGAGAGCCCAAUGCAACAUCUGGACUUGGAUUGGAUGCACCGUGAAAAAUACUACUCCCAUUGGACAUGAAGGCAUAGAAACUGAACCUAUAGCAGAGUUGCCCUGUAUCCUUUGACCUUUUCAUUUGAGGCAGAUGGGGGGGCUGUAGUUCAGAAGUGGUGGAAUUGAGAAGUUAGUAUCCUAAAGCAUAUAAUUAAUGGGGUAUUGAUUGGAGAUAUCAUUUAGAGGGAUUUGAUUGGACGAGAGAUCAUGUGAACGUACGUAAUUGCCUGAGAGAUCAGGUGAUAAGGUUUUUAUUUAAUUGGAGAGGAUACAUGUAUUGGAUUUGGUGGGAGGGAUCAUCCCUAGACUCAAAAUUGAAGGGGUUUCCAAUAGGACCAUGGUUUGUACUUAUUUAGGAGUGGGAAUGGGUGGGGAAGAGGCACAGGGGUUAAUCCCUCUCUCUCCUGUUUUCAUCUCCUAGCUAAUGGGAUUUGCUAUUGUUCACUCUACCCUGUCAUUCAAAGUUCUGGAUUCCGUUUAGAUACUAUUUGAUACUAUACUUUCUUUUGUCAACAUUAUCCCCAUGGUGUCUGGGAGGCAUUUGAAAACGGUCAGGGAGAGUGGCUAGCUAUUAGCUUUAAGACUGCUCUAAGCUAUUUAGAUGUUUGGUGUCUUCUGAAGUGUUCGUGUAUCUGAAAGGUACUUUGCACAGGAGACAAUAAAUAAAUACAGUAUGACAAAUGCAACUUGAAUAUUUACAUAAAUCAAACAGUUAUAUAGAAGGAGACAUAUACAGGAUAUACAGUACCAGUAAAAAGUUUGGGCACACCUACUCAUUCAAUGGUUUUUCAUUGUUUUACUAUUUUCUACAUUGUAGAAUAAUAGUGAAGACAUCAAUACUAUAAAAUAACACAUAUGGAACCAUGUAGUAACCAAAAAAGUGUUAAAGAAAUCCAAUUAUAUUUGAGAUUCUUCAAAGUAGCCACCCUUUGUCUUGAUAACAGCUUUGCACAAUCUUGGCAUUCUCUCAACCAGCUUUACCUGAAAUGAUUUUCCAACCGUCUUGAAGGAGUUUGCACAUAUGCUGAGCACUUGUUGGCUGCUUUUCCUUUAAUCUGCGGUCCAACUCAUCCCAAACCAUCUCAAUUGGGUUGAGGUCGGGUGAUUGUGGAGGCCAGGUCAUAUGAUGCAGCACUCCAUCACUCUCUUUCUUGGUCAAAUAGCCCUUACACAGCCUGGAGGUGUGUUUUGGGUCAUUGUCUGUUGAAAAACAAAUGAUAGUCCCACUAAGCGCAAACCAGAUGAGAUGGCGUAUCGCUGCAGAAUGCUGUGGUAGCCAUGCUGGUUAAGUGUGCCUUGAAUUCUAAAUAAAUCACUGACAGUGUCACCAGCAAAGCACCAUCACACCUCCUCUUCCAUGCUUCAUGGUGGGAACCACACAUGCAGAGAUCAUCCAUUCACAUACUCUGUGUCUCACAAAGACAUGGCGGUUGGAAACAAAUCGCAAAUUUGGACUCAUCAGACCAGUCUCCUCUGAACAGUUGAUGUUAAGAUGUGUCUGUUACUUGAACUCUGUGAAGUAUUUAUUUGGUCUGCAAUCUGAGGCUGGUAACUAAUGAACUUAUCCUCUGCAGCAGAGGUAACUGGGUUUUCCUUUCCUGUGGUGGUCCUCAUGAGAGCCAGUUUCAUCAUAGUGCUUGAUGAUACUUUAAAGGUUCUUGACAUUUUCUGGGUUGACUGACCUUCAUGUCUUAAUAUAAUGGUUGACUGUUGUUUCUCUUUACUUAUUUUAGCUCUUCUUGACAUAAUUUUGACUUGGUCUUUCAUCAAAUAGGGCAAUCUUCUGUAUACCACCCCUACCUUGUCACAAUACAACUUAUUAGCUUAAAUGCAUUAAGAAGGAAAGAAAUUCCACAAAUGAACUUUACAAGGCACACCUGUUAAUUGAAAUGCAUUCCAGGUGACUACCUCAUGAAGCUGGUUGAGAGAAUGCCAAGAGUGUGCAAAGCUUUCAUUAAGGCAAAGGGUGGCUACUUUGAAGAAUCUCAAAUAUAAAAUAUAUUUUGAUUUGUUUAACACUGGUUACUACAUGAUUUCAUAGUUUUUAUGUCUUCACUAUUAUUCUAUAAUGUAGAAAAUAGUACAAAUAAUGAAAAACCCUUGAAUGAGUAGGUGUGUCCAAACUUUUGACUGGUACUGUACAUAAGCACUUAGGUACAGAGAGUAAGGAUAUUGUUUCUGUCCACCAGGAAUCCAGGGUGAAUUGAUUAUUAUUGAAUUGAUUAUUGUUCCAUCUCAUCAUAAUUGUGGCUCUAUUUCAGCAAUGCAUGAUGUUUAAUUAUUUCAGGAUAACAUUUGGAAGUAACUAAUACUGGUGCAUCCAUUUUAAAGCAGCAGGCUAUAUUAAUUCCAAUUUAAUUUUCUUCUUGCAAGCAGGAGUGGCCUGGUUAUUGCCUCUUAUACCCUGCAGUUUAAAAUGUAAAAGAAACAUAUUGCCAGAGAGCAGUGGCUUACUCCUUGCCCUUUUUGAUAAACUUCAAAAGCAGGUGCAAUAUUUUCAGACACAGGGAAGAUAAAGUUAAUUUGAGUAUUUGUGCUGAAUGUUACUAUUUUAUCCAUUUAGUAUCCCAACUACAGUUAGGUAGCCUUACUCCCAUAUACAGUAGUAUAAGCACUAUUUUUGUUGCACCCAGAAGGAACAGAUGUUGUAUUGGCCGUGUUCAGUAAGCACCAAACUGAAGCAAAUAUUUGAAACAGAGGUAGUACUACCUGCACUUGUCCUAUAGGGGCGUUCAUUUCUGUUGUCUGUUUGUUUGAAAACCUUUCCUACUGUUUGUGCCUAAUGAACAUGACCCAGGGUUUGCCGUAGUCCAAUAACACAGAACACUCCACAGCUAGAUCACUGUUUGGGAUGAACAAUAGUGACACUUGGGUGAUUUUCAGCCUCACUGUUUUUGAUAGUUAUCUUUGUCCUCUUUGUUGUAUGUAUGCGUUAUAGACUUCAUCAUCAAUCUUUCUCGCUUUCUCAAACUAUGCCAGAUGCACCAUUUCAAAAUGUUUGUUUUAAAGAAAGUAAAGAAAAACAGGAAAAAUAUCAUUUUCAAAUGUAAUUUUUGUAAGGUUUCAAACAUUUAAAAAACCUAAAUUUUGCUGAUCUGUCUUUCAAUUUCAAUUCUGUCGAUUUUUUACAAAAACAUGGGGAAAAGGAAAAAUCAAGAAAUAUAAUUAACUAAAGAAAUUGAAAUUGUCAGGUAAUAUUAUCUUGAACGGCUGUAGUUAUAAUAAUGAUCUAUUUAUUGUACAUAUGCGUUCCUCCUUUGUGGAAUAAGACACAUUGAAUUCAAGUUGGGUAUACAUUGUAUAGAAAAACUAACAAAAAGCCAUGGAUAUUGUGAAGCUUGUCAUUUUGUUUAUUGAUCAUUCCUGUGCCACAAAUGUGCAAAAAUGUGUGGGGUUUUUCUAUUUACUAUCAAAAGCAUUCUCAACUUUCUAUAUCUUGUUUUCAAGUACUUAGAGGCAGUAGGAUCAUCUUUUAUGGAGAGUUGUUUGAUCUAUCCCAGGACCACUUUGUAUAUACAUUGUAUGAAGUGCUCCUCUGUUAUUACAUGCUUUACUUUCAGCAGCAUUGAUGUUCAGUUAGCGAUUAGUUAAUAUUAUUAUCAUUAUCGUACACUUUAAAAAAUGUCUCCUCGUAAAAAUUAUUGUAAGGCUUGGCGUAGAUCAGACAACUGGAAUGGGACAUUUCAUUAUCUUUUUUUCUCCUAGUAUAUAUUUUCCAGGGAAAGGCAGUGCAUGGUCCACAUAUAAGUAAGAAAGAGACUCAUGAGAUGAACUACCCGCUGUGUGUUUAAAAUACAGUCAUAAUGGAAAAGCUAUGUGCUAACCUAGCCAUGGUCAUGAAGCGAGUCUUCAAAUACACAUUUUAAAAGAUGAAGGAGUACUAGAUGUUGUGUCAAACAGAACUUGGAAUACUCUCAACAACACAACGCAAUACUGUCACAAUAUGACUCCAAUGGCUUGCAUCAUAUUCUGUCAAUAAAGUUUAAGUGAUGUUUUCAA